AAUACUUAGAUUUGUAUGUGAAGAGUGAAUUUGUAAUAUGGCCAGUUUAAGGGUCUUUGUUAUGUUUAUUAUCUUCCUUAGCUCCUUUAUUCUCAACAUUCAUCACUCUUGUUCUCUAAGCAGUACAUGUUUGCCGGAAAACCACAGAGCCCUAUUCAUAUUUGGAGACUCGGUAUUUGAUAAUGGAAACAAUGACUACAUCAAUGCCACCACAUUUUUCCAAUCCAACUUUCCACCAUAUGGAGAAACUUUCUUUAAGUACCCCUCUGGAAGAUUUUCUAAUGGACGUGUAGUUCCUGAUUUUGUUGCUGAGUAUGCAGAAUUGCCUCUUAUUCCGCCAUACUUGCAUCCUGGAUACCAUGAUGAAUACAUUUAUGGGGUGAAUUUUGCAUCUGCUGGAGCUGGAGCUUUGAGUGAAACUAAUCAAGGACUGGUGAUUGAUUUGAAAACUCAAGCACUGUACUUCGCCAAAGUUAGCAAGCAAUUGAGGAAGAAGGUAGGAGAAGAGAAAGCCAUGAAACUGUUGUCCACAGCUGUCUAUAUAUUUUCCAUUGGAGGCAAUGAUUAUGCAUCCCCUUUCUAUACAAACUCCAAUAAUACCACUGUGGUCAUUCCAUAUUCUCAACAAAAUUUUGUAGACUUUGUCAUUGGCAACAUUACAACAACAAUUAAAGAAAUUUACGUUGAAGGUGGAAGAAAAUUUGGGUUUAUAAAUUUGGGUCCUCUUAAUUGCCUUCCACUUCUAAGGAGAUCUAUAAAUGGUACAACAAUUGAUGCAUGUCUUAAAGGAGAAGCUUCGACACUUGCAAGGCUACACAAUAAUGCUUUUCCCGAAAUACUUCAAAACCUAGAAAAACAACUAAAGGGAUUCAAAUACUCGAUUCUUAACUUCCACGACGUGCUGCUAAAAUUAAUGAAGUACCCUUCAAAAUAUGGUUUCAAAGAGGGGAAUGCAGCUUGUUGUGGAGGUGGUCCCUUUAGAGGUGAUUAUAGUUGUGGAGGGAAAAGGGGGAUUGAAGAAUAUGAACUAUGCAACAAUGUUAAUGAGCAUGUGUUCUUUGAUUCUCUUCAUCCAACAGAGAGUGCUGCUGAACAUUUCGCAAAGCUAAUGUGGAGUGGUAACAGGGAUGUCGUUGACUCUUACAAUCUGAAGCAAUUGUUCCUCGUUUGAUAUCUAGCCGCUUAGAUUUAAUUCUUUGCCGAAUAAAACUGAUGUAACAAAUUCAUUAGGGAUUUGUUGUUUGAUGUACAUAUGGUUGUAUAUGUACACUUUGCCAUAUAAAUAAAUAAAUAAAUAGCAUAAUAAAAUUGUAAGUAGAAGUCAAAUAUGAUCCAUUGAUUGAAAUACCAAAAUUGUUUCUCUUCCAUAUAUAUG